AUGAAAGCCGAUUUGCAUCUCAGUGAUUACAAGAACAUCAAUAACAAUACAAUGGCUAUUCAAAGACGUCAACUUGCUCUUCGUCCCGUUGAGAUUACAAAUGAACAAUUGAUGGAAAUUCUUUCUACUUUGAAAACUAAUAUGACAGCCAUGGGAACCAACAUGGCAGCUGACAUGUCAAUUGUACAAGAACAAAUCGGCACUGUUGAAGAUACAUUGCUAAACAUGAAUAGCAGAAUUGGUGUUCUUGCCACCAGCAGCACUGAGACAAUCACUGCUAUUGACAGUUUAAGCAGAGCCCCCCUCGUUUCCCCUACCAAUACAAUGGCUAAUGCCCAUAUUCGUAAUCUCAUGUGGGAUCCCAAGUUGAAAACAAGAAAUCAAGCUGAUAUCCUGGCAAAUGAGAGUAAGCCCAGAUGGAAUACAAAUGUUUUCUUUUACAAGUCGCCAAACAAGGAGUUGGUGGUGCGACUUCUUGAAAACUUGAAGCGCAAGUUUACCCAUGAGGGAUUUAGAGAGGCAGACUUGAGAGCAAGACUGCACAAAAACUUCACCAGCCAGGUUUCAAAAGCAAGAAAAACUGAAGAGGAAAUAAAAGCAACAAACACUCGUUCGAGAAGGGCAGGACGUGCCAGAGAUAAUCAUACUCGCCGUUUACUUGCAUACACAGACAACAAAGAAGCAAUUGAUCUACAAAUGAAGAGAGAUUGUGACUUCACGAUGCAAAUGGCAGCAAUGUCCGAUGGAGAAUCUGCAGAUGAAGACUUCGAGAAUUGCACGAAGAGCAUCGUCAAGAUUGUUCGGCCAGGAUGGAGAAGUGACGAGUUCAAUACUCUCAUUAAACUCGUUGAUGAGUACGUUAUUGAAGCAAUGGGGUCAAGUGCUUCUCAAAUGAAGGAGACGGUUUUCACCAGUGUGUCCAAUACAGCAGUCCCAGAUGACAUAACCCCCAAAUUUCCUCAGUGGGCCCUUAGAGACAGGUAUUAA